CUGUUUCAGAUCCAACUCUUGCCACCGUUCAAGAAUUUCCAUAUUCAGCUGUGCAGUUUGUCAUCCGCAGCUUCAGCAAUGGGAGAAGCCUGAAAUGAUUGUGGAGUGCAUUGGAAACAAAGCAAUCGGGAUGGCUGAGCUCAGGAGGUUGCUUCAGAAGCAGUUCAACAGCAACAGCCAGGAGAGGUCCCCGUCAUACAAUAUAGUCUCACCAGUCAUGCAGUCACCAGUGUCCUCUCCCUGAUGUCUCAGGAAUUUGUUUUUCGUCCACCAGACCAUGAUCCUGAUAGCAAAGCGACACAUGUACCUCUCCCUUCUCCUUUCCCUUUUAUUUGAUCUUUUAAAGGAGCUGCACCUGGAUGCUAAGCACUGACGGUACCAGCACCAUGGCGUUCUUCAGCAGCGGAUCACAGGCGCUGGUUGAAAUCCUGACGAGAAUGCAGAGUGCUGAAAGACCAAUGCCUGUUGAUCACACCUUCUUCGAGUUUGGAUCGAUCCGAUACCAUGUGGAGGCUUCAGCGUCGGAUCCCGAGAACGUGUACCUGUCGAUAUCGACGCCAUCUCUUUCCCACGAGGCUUCACCCUCCUCCAGCGGCUUGCCCGAAGCCACUCUGCAGGAGACGAGGAAGGCGUACCACAAGUUCGCGGAGGUCGUCGAGCCGCCCCGAGAAGGGUACGUCCUGACGCUGAAACUGAACUUCUCCGCCCUCGCCCGACCCAAAGAUCGCGUGAAGGCCAUCAACCAGGUGUCGCUGCUGCAAUCCGUGGUGCUGAGCUCGCAGCUCAGGGACAUGCUGGGGAGCCUCGGCCCGUCCGGCACGAUGAAGCUCGUGUACAGCCAAAGUGAGCCCUUCUUCGUCAGCAAGACGGCCGAGAGGAUACACGCCAUCUUCCCGAUGCGUUUCAGGGACGACACCGACCUGGCCAUCGCGACCUCCUUCUUCCAGGAGCUGCAGGACCUCGGGAACUCGUUCGCCAGGGCGCCCAAGUGCAGCUGGUCGCCGAUCCCGCCGCCGGAGCUGCGCGGCGAGCACGUGCACCGCCUCACCACCAACGGCGGCUUCGUGUCCUUCGGCGUUGUGUCGCGGCACGUGAGGGGGAAGAAGCGGGCCGCCAAGACGGCAUGGAUCCUGCUCAACUUCCAGGCCUACGUCAAGUACCACAUCAAGUGCACCCGGAGCCACAUCCAGAGCCGGAUGCGGCAGCGGCUGGAGGCCCUGACGGAGGUGAUCCAGGACGCGAGCCUACGAGGGAACCACGACAAGACCAGAUCACAGGCGGUGGUGAAGAAGAGGAGCAAGAGACGGCUGAUCAGCUUCACCAAGGCCAACGCGAAGCUGCAGAAGGGUUUCAGGGCCAUUCUGGACAAGAUCAAGCGGCUGCGGCUCAGGAUCAGGGUGAAGGGUCUGGACCGGCUCCGGCGGCAGUGCCAGUGCUUCGCCGUGCCCAAGCUCCCCGUGCCGCCACGCAGGAAGGAGCAGAGAUACCACAAGCUAGCAUCAGUGAAAUCUAGGGAGCAAGGCUAAGCGUGAUGGCUCAUGCGAUCGAGCACGACAUUUUCUUCAGAUAAGAAGGCGACAACUGCCUCGAUGGGGAAGCGCUGCACAUACGCGUCGAAGUUUGAUUUGUUGUCAUACAAGGAAUUGCUUGUUUGCCUGACAACGCUAGACGCACUGAUGGUAAUGGGUAUCUGUCCUCGAAGGCUCGAAUGUUGUUGCAUCCGCACUGAUUUAUUGUGCAUGUGCCUUGAGAAGUUCAGAGUGUGAUCCGUCCAUGUCUGAUCCAUGCUUUGGGCAUUUGGCAGAUCAGAGUAGCCUGUGAUGUAACCACAAAAGCAAUUUCCUUUGUUAUUCGUUGUUCAAAGAGCUUUUGGA